AUGUCCCACCUCAAGUUCUACGCAUACGAGGGCCAUGGAGUCCGCCAACAGAAGGUAUUCCGCUACAGCCAAACCGUCCGUAUCGGAGACUGGAUCGAAUGCUCAGGCCAAGGCGGCUGGGAUCCCAAGACAGGAGAGUUUGCGAAAGAGAUCAAUGCUCAGAUUGACCUCGCCUUCUCCAACGUAGAGCUCUGUCUCAAGGAUGCUGGAGGCAAAGGCUGGUCCCAGGUGUACCGGGUCAAUUCAUACCAUGUGCCCAUCAAUAACGAAGCACUGGAUGCAAUGGUUCGCAACUUCAAGAAGUAUAUGCCAGACCAUGAGCCGCUCUGGACCUGCGUUGGCGUUACUCGUCUGGGCGAAGACGACAUGCGCGUGGAGAUCGAGGUAGUGGCCCACGACCCUGAAGGUGCCAAGGUUGCUGGCAGUGUGCAGUAG